AUGCAGGAGGUGGAGAGCAUGGUCCAUCCCAAGAUUAAGGAAUCGUUCAACGAUGAUGGUUUCACUCCUAGGCAAUUGUUUACGAAGAACCACAAGGACUUGAUGAAAGAUGGAGAGAAAUGGAUGAAGGGCACAGCAACUUCUUGUACAGUGGUAGGCGCUCUCAUUGUUACUAUUAUGUUUGCUGCAAUUUUUACCGUUCCAGGCGGUAACAACCAAGAAACAGGCUUCCCAAUAUUCUUAAAUGAAAAUUUGUUCAUGGUCUUUAUAAUAUCCAAUGCCUUGUCUCUCUUCUCCUCCUCAACUUCAGUCUUGAUGUUUUUGGGAAUCCUCACAUCACGCUAUGCAGAAGACGAUUUCCUUGAAUCCUUGCCGAGAAAGAUGAUCAUAGGCCUUUCCACUCUUUUCUUCUCUAUUGCAGCCAUGAUGAUAGCCUUUUCUGCUGCUCUUUUACUUAUGCUACAUGGAACAUGGUGGAUUUUCAUUCCUGUCUUUUGUUUGGCUGGUGUACCUAUCACCCUAUUCAUAUUGAUGCAAUUCCCCCUUCUUGUUGACAUGUUCAUUUCAACUUAUGGGCCAGGAAUCUUUGAUAAGAAAAUGGAGCGGUGGGUAUGA